GGUUCCUUACAGGCCAAGUCUCUCUCACUCCCCUGAGGCAAGAGCAAAGCUUCACAUUUGGUCAUUUUGACACUGACAUCGGUUCUCACAGCUGAACACAGGCUCUAUUGUGGAAGGAGAUAAACAUAAAUUCAUAAAAGGCUCAGCACACAGCAAUGAUGAAGGAAGAUCAGGUGAAUGACGUGAUCCAGAGAUGGCGAGACACUCCAGAGGAAGAUUUGAAGUCCGAGGACUAUGAGCAGAUGAAAACUUUAGGAUUUGCCUGUUUGGCUGAGGACAACAGUGCACUUCUCCUACAAUGCAUUCAGGAUGAGAAAAACCAGGGAAUUUUGAAGUCUAUGGGAUUUGUUCUCAUAGUGCCUGUUGUAAGUGAAUUAGCUAAAAAACGGAAGAGUGCUGAAAACUGUCAGGCUGCCACUACACAUCUGAUCGAGAUUUGCAAGACACAGGAAGUCCUGCAGAGUUUACUUGCACUAAUUGAGGACAUUGGUCCAGGUGGCAUUUCUGACAACAUCACAGCUGUUGUUCCACAUCUUAAAACAGUUUUAUUUCAGCUGGAUCAUAAUAAAGCAACCUAUGUGGGCUUGGCUCUGUCUGCCCUACAGAGGCACUUGGCCCGGCUGCCUGUGCCCUACACUCAGCAACAAGAGGAGGCUGAUGAGUAUGGGCUGUGCAGCUGCUGCACCGCCGUGGCUGAAUUUACAAAGUCUGUGGUAGAGGAGGUGACCAAGAAAGAUGGGACCUAUGGUUCCACCACUGAGGAUGAGGAGUUAAAGACUGAGCUCCUCAAGUUCUGCAUAAAGAGCUUAAGGGAGCCUUUGCUAGAAGCUGAAUUAAACCAGGGCAGGAAAUCAUCUCUUUGGUUUUUUGCAACACAGAUACUGGUUACACUUCCUGCGGUCCAACAACCCCUGUCUGACCUUCUGUUCUUUGACUCUUUGAAGAAAAGAGUACAAAUAGACAACAGUCAUUCCAAAGAAUCAAAAGCAUGUUUGUCUUAUCUGCUAUUUGUCCAGCUCAUCACCAUAGAUAGUUUUCCAGCAGUGUUCAGUCCUGUAUUUGUUCUUCAGUGCAAUAUGGAUUACAUCAAUGAACUGCUUAGUAGUAAAAAGGAAUCACACCUGCGCAAAGGACUGGCGCUUUAUGCAAAAUGUCUGGAGAGUGUGCAGGACAACAGCCUUACAGUGAGUCUACUAGAACUGCAGAGCUUUUAUACUGUACCCCAGAACCUGCGGCAAGUUCUUACUGACUGUCCAAUGCAGCAUGUGAGAGAAACAGGACUGGGGGUUUUCCAGCUCUUCAUCAACAAAUUAGAUGCUGAAGCAAAGCACAGGUUUUUCAGGUGCAUGUUGAAAACCAGCCACCAUGCAGGAGUUGAAAGCUUUAUAAUAAAGAACAUCAAAAGUCAAGUCGAUUUCUCCAUGAAGCCCAGUAACGCCACUAAAUGGUUCUUGGGAACAGAGUUUCUCUCACUGUUGGAACCGGUGUUAUGUUUGCCACAAGGUGCUGAGACAGAUCUGCUCAACAGUAUGGACAGAAUAAUGGAGACUCUGAAUCUUCUACGUUAUCUCCUGAUCAGGGAUGUAAAACUGAGAGGUACUGAUCUGUGGGAAGGGCUGUGCAGGAUCAAAGACAAUUACCUAAAAAUGUUGCGUGUCUGUAUCAAUUUAUCUAGAGCAUAUUAUUCCGUUGAAUUACAGACACUUAAGAAUGAUAAAAAGCUAAAAGUAAAAGAGGACAGAGAUGCUGCUAGAGCAAUGGCACUGGUAAAAAGUAUUAAACCGAAGAUGGCAUCAAAUACGUCUCUGGAGGUCCAGCACCAGGUGUUGCAGAGUGCUUUGGUGACGUUUGACCUAAUGGAGAGUCUGAUAGUCCGUAUAGAAGAGCUCACAGAGGAGAAACUGAAGACGCCAGACUAAAGACUAAUUUCCUCUUGUUUUAUUCACUUUGUUUAAUCAAAAA